AUGGUGCCGGGCGCCCCAAGCGGCCCCUGGAUGAGCCCCGGCAGGCUGGCCGUGUCUCGCCAGAGGGCCAGCGCCGCGAGGCCGACCUCCGCCGCCAGCUGGCCUCCCGCGACGCCCGCCGCUCUCCUGCUCGCGAGGCUCGCCGCUCCCCCUCCCGUGACUCCCGCCGCUCCCCUCCCCGUGACUCCCGACGCUCGCCGCCGCGGGACUCGCGACGUUCGCCGGCACGUGCGGAUGGCCGCCUCUCUCCGGUGCGGGCUGAUGGCCGGCGCUCCCUCGCUCGGGAGAGCCGCCGCGACCGCCCCCGCUCCCCCUCCCCCGCGCGUCGCCGCGGUCGCUCUCCGUCGCCCUCUCGGCCCCUGCCCAAUGACGCCGCCACCACUCGCCGGUACCAGCCCCCCAAAAAUCAACCGAGCAUGCCUCCGGGCAAUGGUGGCUCCGGGGCUCGCGGGCGCCAAGGCGGCAAGAAGAAGAAGAAGAAGAAUAGGGGUCCCGCCCGACCCCCUCUCUGCCGCGGCUUAG